AUGGAGCUUUGCCAAACCGUAAACAGCUUCUGGCGGACAAAUCAGAUCCUCGUCUCCAGCAAGGGCAAGCACCGGGACCUUGAUUUUGUUCAGAUGCUCUUUGAAGAAAAAGGUACCAGUCCUGUUGCGCAGCCCGCCAUCACGGAAUGCGGUCGUGGCAACAGUGAAAUUUACUAUUACAGCACAAGAUUAGAUAUUCCUUCAAAUGUUCAUAAAUAG